CGAGGCCAGAGAAUAGAAUUUAUGAUGUCAGUGGUCUAAAAAUAGAUGCUUAUUGUUAACAGGGCAUUGACUAUUUAACAACCUGAGUGACGCUUGAGAUCAGUGACGCAAGAAAAGCUAUUUUUGACAAUUUCGUGACUAACUUAAUCUAAUUUUAACAUCAAAAUAACGACCCAGGAAUUGCAGCAUGGUGAAUUCUAAGGCAUUAUUGACAAAUAAUUGACACUGGAACAGUGAUAUUGAAUUUUAACUUUAAGAACCAAGAUUAGCAUCAGCAAGAAGCCAGUACUCGACAUCAGUCGAACGUUUUAUUCGUCUGAGAGACAAGUAAACCGAUCAACAUGGUGUUUAUGGAGUGGGUUACCCUUGAUGUUGGAGAACAGGCACUGGUGUAUGAUAUCCAUGGCACAGCAAGAAUAGAAGAAGGUCCCCAAAGAAUAUUUCUCUUCAGAGAGAAGUUUACCUUGCUGAGGAGGUUUUCUGCAGAUCAGAAUCAUUACCUCAUUAUCCAGUAUAAAGAUGGCAGAGUGGAGCACAAACCUGGCCCUUGCUGGUUGUUCAGAAACCCCAUGUGUCACAGUGAUAUCAAGGUGCGUUCUGGGAUUUCUCUGGAUGCUAACGAGUUGGUGGUGGUGUACAAAUACAGCGCAGACACAAAACAAGUUGGACGAUAUCUGCAGCAUGGUCCUUGUGUGUUCAUACCCAAGGCCAAUGAAUGGUUGCAUGAAUUCUGCUGGCAUGGGACUGACCCAGAUAACAAGACAAGAAAAAUUCCCAAAAGUUUGAAAUUUACCAAACUGCAGGUGAUCCCUGACCAGUUCUAUUAUAAUGUGGAUGAAGUCCGUACAGCUGACCAUGCAGUGAUGAGGGUUAAACUGAUGAUGUUUUACGAACUCACAGAUAUUGAACUCAUGUUAACAUCAACUAUGGACCCAAUGGCAGAUUUUAUAAAUUGUCUUUGUGCUGAUGUUGUGGCCUUUGCUGCAAAACUUACGUAUAUGGAAUUUGUUGAAAAAUCCAACGAGUUGAACAAUUUAUCGUCGUACCCUCGCCUUCUGGAACGCUGCAAAGCUAUUGGUUACUCCGUCUCCAAGGUGGUCUACAGGGGUUACUUCGCCUGGGACAAGCUACAGGUUCUUCAUGACAGCUCUGUGGAGAAGAGAACUAGACUCAAAAUACAGUUUGAAACAGAAGAACAAAACCAAAACAUGGUGGAUGCAACAUUGAAGGCAGAAAUGGAGAGAGCAGAACUAGAACAAAAGAUGGCACUUGAGAAACUGGUACAUGACCAAACAAUGGAAAGACUGCAGCUGGAACAUCAGCUGAAGCUGGAUGUGAAAAGUAAACAAGAAAGCACAAAACAAAUGCAAAGAGAACAGAUGGCCAAACUACAGGCUCGGUGCUCCACAGAUGAAGAAAAACUGAAGCAUUUCAGAGAACUCAAGGCCUUGGACAUUCAGAUGACCGAUUACUUGGUGGCCCAAAACCCUCGUCCAGGCAAAGUUGUCGUCGUAAAAUCAGACCCCACAGCACCUGCCAAUCUUCACCUGCAUCACAACUAACUAUAAGUACAGUUUAUGAAAAAUACUCAAUGAGGAUGAUUUUUGAAGAGGGGCAUCUCAGUAUUCCUAUCAAUUCCAAGCUGAAAAGGAAAACAAAUUGGUCAUCUUAUAAGGCAAUACUUUAGACACUGAAAAUAUAAGACAAUUCUCAAACAUUGAUAAAAAAAUAGUAACAUUUCAACAUAAAGACAGGUAAAGUUUUUUCCUUCUAUCCACAGUUUUUGAAAGUUCUUACCUUACAGUAAAUCACUGGGCUUCAGAUUUUGAAAGGGAUCUGAAGACAUUAAUACAGAACUGAAUACAUUUCAUAUAAGGCAGCAAUGGCUAAACAGACAGUAUUUAGUUGCAUGUUCAGACAACUUUGCAUUAGAUAAGGUCUAACAGCAAAAUGUCAUGCUUGCAAGAACCUACCACGGGUAUUUCACAACAGAUUACAUGUCUGAGGUUCUGGAAAUUCUCUACAUAAUAACAUUCUGAAAUAUGCUCAAAAAUAAAUAUAAUGUCCUGGAGAGUCUCUGCAUAAUAAUUUUAUUUAAAUGGUCUAAUAUGUAAAUGUCAAGUAUUAAUGGGUAGUGGCCUUGGGCUCACAUAGCUCCUGAUGGCAAAUCUACUAUUGACUGAAUGAUAACAGUAUUAUACAACCUUCCUUUGGAAGUUGUUCUUCAUAUAUGUGUAAAAAAUCAUUUUAUUUACUUAUAUUUAUUGUAAAAAUGACUCAACUUGCUAUGCAGUAGACAACCUUAUUUGAGCCUCUGUCUUUUUUAUUUUCAAUCAAAAUGAAAAGGGUGAUAGUGCAGGAAUAAUACCAAAUAUUAGUAUAUAAACUGUUUGAUAAGCUAAUGUCAAGCUGUGCAUUCAAACAAAGAAUGACGUUUUAGGAUUUAGUUGAUAUGAUAUUGAUGCCAAAAAAAGCAAGACAAAACUACCUUUACAUAAGGUCCAUGUUCGUACUUACUUAAGUGGGGAGUUAAUUUAGUUCCCAUAAUUAUAUUUUGUGAAUUUUCUUUUGUAAUUUGUGUAUAAGAUAAAAUAUCAUUAUUUUGUAAUUUCUAAUUUGUGAUGUGAUGCAAGAUAUUUUGCCUUAUUAUAUGAUAAUUGUAUUGCAACUUUUUGUGGCUCUUCUACUGUGUGUCCACACUUUGUUUGAUUUGUUAGAAUGUUAACUGUGUGACAAUUUUAUGUGUUCAGCCCUAGUUUUAAGAAAAAAAAAAAAACAUUUUGUGUUAUACAUUUGUACAUGGUGCAUUUUUAUCUUGCUGGUCAAGGUAAUAUGCUUGAAAUUAUUUUUGUUUAUGUGUAUAUGCAAAUUAUAUUUAUGUAAUUAUAUAUUGUUCAGUUAAAAAACAACAACAAUGGACAGUUUUGUUAAGAAAUUAUCGUGUUAUAUAGGUAGGAUUCAUACCAAUUUGUUGUUUUUAGAUAAUAUAAACUUGUUUUUAAAUUACUUACAUUUUAAUGAAUUAAUGAAU